AUGUCGCAACAAUACCCUCAGCAAUACCCUCAGCAAGGUGUGCCUGGGCAGGAAGGUUAUGGUCAGCAGCCACCGCAACCACCUGUGGCUCCAAAUUAUGAUAACUUCGAAACCAAUAACCCUCCGGGUGUGCAACCAGGGCCUGCUCCUGGCCCGGCUCAUGCUGGUCGAAAGAAGCGUGCAUAUGCGGGACAAGCUUAUGAGUUUGGUGCCGGAGCAAAUGCUGCUCUAGGAGGACAACAACAGGCUGGCGGCGCAUACUCUGGGUAUUCCGUUCAACAAGAUGCAGCGGGCUAUCCGCAAGGAGGUUAUCAACAGAAUCCUGCGGCUGUGCAACCAGGUGCAACGCCUCUAUAUCCUGGUCAAGAGCCAGCACCUGCGUUGGGUGGCUACCAACCUCCCGCUCCGGCCUACCCUGCGCCUGGUGGUGUUGCGGGCGUGACCCAACAGUUUGGCGAGAUGGACAUCUCGCAAAAGCCGCCUAUCGCCGCAGCACCGCAGCAGGCGCAACGUGCUCCAGUCUUGAACCAACUCUACCCGACAGAUCUAUCGAACCAGCCAUUCAAUGUCGCGGAGUUGGACUAUCCACCUCCGCCAGUGAUCCUCCCUCCCAAUACCAGCGUUACACCGUCGCCUUUCGCUAAUUGCCCACCAAAGUUCGUCCGGUCAACGCUGAAUGCUGUCCCCACCACCCAUUCCCUGCUCAAAAAGUCGAAACUUCCAUUCGCCCUUGUCAUCCAGCCGUACACUUCUCUGCACGACAUCGAGGAUCCAGUCCCAGUAGUGCCCGACCAAGUGAUUUCCCGUUGCAGGAGAUGUCGCUCGUACAUCAAUCCGUUCGUCACUUUUCUAGACCACGGGCACCGAUGGAGAUGUAACAUGUGCAACCUGACCAACGAUGUGCCGCAAGCCUUUGACUGGGAUGCGGCCGCACAAAAAAGCCUCGACAGGUGGCAGAGACCAGAUCUGAAUCACGCGGUGGUCGAGUUCAUUGCGCCGCAGGAAUACAUGGUGCGGCCUCCACAGCCGCUUGUCUAUCUGUUCUUGCUCGAUGUGAGCUAUGCGGCGGUGUCGAGCGGACUGCUGGCGACGACGGCAAGAUGUAUUCGAGAGAGCUUGGAUCGGAUACCGAAUGCAGAUCGACGCACACGUCUGGGCUUUAUCGCGGUUGACUCCGGUCUGCACUUCUUCAACAUCCCUCGGGAUGGGACUGAGAACGCCCAAACAAGCAUGCUCGUUGUUAGUGAUCUUGAAGAGGCGUUCUUGCCCACACCGGCGGAUUUGCUGGUGACGCUGACGGAAUGCCGCGAAAAUAUCGAGAAUUUCUUGGAUAAGCUUCAAGAGAUGUUCCAGAACACCCAGAACGGCGCAUCUGCCAUGGGAUCUGCCCUUCGGGCCGGGCACAAGCUUAUCGGACCAGUCGGUGGGAAAAUGACGGUGGUCACUGCUUCGAUCCCUAACAUCGGCCAUGGCAAGCUCGAAAUGCGCGAGGACAAGAAGCUGCUUGGCACCUCCAAGGAAAGCAGCCUGCUACAGACAGGGAACAGUUUCUACAAGAGCUUCGCAGUCGAAUGUUCUAAACAACAAAUCUCAGUGGACAUGUUCCUGUUCUCUUCACAGUACCAGGACGUGGCUUCCUUGAGCAAUUUGCCCAGGUAUACCGGUGGCCAAACAUACUUCUAUCCUGGCUGGAAUGCUGCCCGAGAAGAGGAUGCCAUGAAGUUCGCCAAAGAAUUCUCCGACUACCUGUCGGCAGAGAUUGGUCUGGAGGCCGUUCUCCGUGUUCGAGCGACGACAGGACUGCGGAUGAGCACAUUCUAUGGCAAUUUCUUUAACCGCAGCUCGGAUCUCUGCGCGUUCCCAGCAUUCCCGCGUGAUCAGAGCUACGUUGUGGAGGUCGCGAUCGAUGAGACCAUCACAAAGCCGGUGGUGUGCAUGCAGACCGCGGUCCUCCACACUACCUGUAAUGGCGAACGACGAAUCCGAGUCAUGACUCUCGCGCUCCCCACCACCCAGCAACUGGCUGAUGUCUAUGCUUCGGCCGACCAGCAAGCCAUCACGGAGUAUUUCAGCCACAAGGCCGUCGAACGGGUCCUGAACAGUGGGCUUGACAGUGCCCGGGAUAUGAUUCAGAACAAACUGGUCGAGCUUUUGGCCACAUACAAGAAGGAGCUUGCAGGAGGCAGUAUGGGUGGAGGGGGGCUUCAAUUCCCUGCCAACCUUCGAGGCCUGCCUGUGCUUUUCCUUGCCUUGGUCAAGAACUUGGGCCUCAGGAGAUCGUCACAAAUACCCAGCGACAUGCGAUCAGCAGCUCUGUGUUUGCUGUCGACGUUGCCCCUCCCAUUGCUGAUUCAAUAUAUCUAUCCCAAAAUGUUUUCUCUGCACGACAUGCCAGACGAUGCAGGGACGGUGGACGAGAAGACUGGCGAGAUCAUCCUCCCACCGCCGAUUAAUCUGUCAUCAGAAAGGAUCGUGCCGUAUGGGUUGUAUCUGAUCGACGACGGCCAGACCCAAUUCCUUUGGGUCGGACGAGAUGCUGUUCCACAGCUGAUCCUCGACGUCUUCGGGCUAUCGGAUAAGAGUCAACUCAAAGUGGGCAAGCAACGACUACCUGAGUUGGACAAUGAUUUCAGUGAGCGUGUAAGGGCAGUCAUCUCCAAGAGCCGUGACCACAAAUCCAAAGGGGUGGGCAGUAUUGUGGUGCCACACCUCUACGUGGUGAAAGAGGAUGGCGAGCCAGGACUGAGACUUUGGGCGCAAACGAUGCUUGUGGAGGACCGAGCGGAUCAAGGAAUGAGCUUACAGCAGUGGAUGGGCAUGAUGCGUGAGAAGGUCAUGCAGUAA